ACCAGAUGUCAUUUUACAUCAAUUGUGUAACCCAAAAUAGUCAAAAUCCCAAUCCCAAUCCCAAUAAUUGAGCCAAAUUUUAGUGUAAUUUUCGUUGCACACCUCGUUGCAGGAGUAGUUGCCAUGUCCAACCAGAAACAGAACAAGGCGCAGGCGCAGGCGCAGGUUCUGGCGCCGAGCCAGACUCCGGCCCAGCUCCAAGAGCCGGACAAGCGAGCAUCAGACGAACAGGCGAGACGCCAUCGUGCCAAAUUGCGAUUCACCUAUGGGAACAUGAUCUCAAACGCAAAUCUGAAUCGAAUGCGCAAUAAGCUGAAUGCCGAAGCAGGUGAAGCGCCAGCAGCAGAGGCAGCUAAAAGAUCAUCCACGCAGGAAGCAGCGGGUCAAAGACUGCGUCGCAUCUCUUCCACCUUCGAGUUUGUGAGCAAUGUGAAGGCCGGCGGCUGCGCGGCUCUGCCCCACGAGGACAACGAAGCGGAUGGGCGCGAGGAGCGGGCCGAGGUGCUCAUACGCAGCCAGGUGAUGCCCCAAGCUCCAGAUCCAGCCGCAGCCCCAGCCCCAGUCGCUCUGCCAGAGCCAGUGAAGGAGCCGGAGGAGGAGGAGGAGUUGCCGCCGCUUGAUGACUGGGAAAGCAGCUAUGCACGGGCAUCGGGCUCAUCGCGUGCCAUCGAACGCUGGCAGCAGCUGAGCAGCAAGGUGACGUCUCUGUUCUGUGCACGCCGCUACACCGACAGCUCGGAGACGCCUGUGGCCAAGACGCGACGUCUACGCGAGCAGCGGGAAGUGCUACAGAUCUUCACCAGACCCUUCCUCGUGAAUCGACGCAAGCGGGAAUAGAGAUUGAAACCCCAUUGAAACCAGUCGCCGGUAGCCUUUGUGCUUAAUCAAAUUCAAUUCAUUCACGUUAUACGAUAUACAUCUCCCUCUCCGUUCUCUCCA